GUGCACCAGCUGGGCUGCGAGGCGGUGAUGCUGCUCUUGGAGCUGAACCCAGAUCAGAGUAACUUGAUGUUCUGGGCUGUGGACCGCUGCUACACCGGGGCCCGCCGCGUGGCUGCAGGCUGCUUCAGGGCCAUCGCGAACGUGUUCCACAACAGGGAUUACCAGUUUGACACGGUGGUGCUUCUGAACCUGAUCCUGUUCAAAGCUGCGGAUUCUUCCAGAGACAUCUACGAGGCGGCCAUGCAGCUGCUGCAGAUCCUGGAGCCGAAGCUCUUCAGGUACGCCCACAAACUGGAGAUCCAGAGAGGCGACGGCAUCCUGACCCCCCCCUCCCCGCUGCCUCACCUCUACUCCGUCUCCUACUACCAGCUGUCAGAGGAACUCGCCCGGACCUAUCCCGAGCUCACGCUGCCCAUCUUCUCAGAGGUGAGUCAGCGGAUCCAGACGGCGCACCCUGGUGGCCGGCAGGUGAUGCUGCACUACCUGCUGCCGUGGAUGAACAACGUGGAGCUGGUUGAUCUGAAGCCCAGCACGAGGCGGGCGGAGGAGGGCGGCAGCGCUGAAGAAGAGGAGGAGGAGCGGGAGACGAUGAUGGUGAACAGCCGGCGCUGGCUGAGAGGAGAAGGCUGGGGUUCACCUCGAGCGACCACCAUGGUGCUCAACAACCUCAUGUUCAUGACCGCCAAGUACGGGGAUGAGUUCGCCUGGUCGGAGAUCGAGAACGUUUGGACCACGUUAGCCGACAGCUGGCCGAAGAACCUGAAGAUCAUCCUGCACUUCCUCACCAGCAUGUCGGGGGUCAGCAGCGACCCCAGCCUCCUGCUAUACGUGAAGCGUGUGGUGGUGUAUCUGGGUCGGGAUAAGACCAUGCAGCUGCUGGAGGAGCUGAUGUUUGAGCUGGAGAGCACGGAGCCUGUUAGCUCAGCCGUCACUCACAUGGACAACCCUCCAUACUACCGCAUCACCUCCAGCUACAAGAUCCCCUCCGUCACCUCAGGAACGACCUCCAGCAGCAACACCAUGGUGCCCAACACCGAAGGGCAUCACGACGUAAAGCUGAAAGACCCCAACAUGGAGGAAAGUUACACCCACCUGGACAUCUACAGCGGUCUGAACAGUAAUCUGAACCGGCAGCACCACCGCCUGGAGUCUCGAUACAGCAGCAGCUCCGGAGGGUCCUACGAGGAGGAGAAGAGUGACUCCAUGCCGCUGUAUGCUAACUGGCGUCUGAAGGUGAUGGACCACAACCGGCCCGAGCCUCUUCCCUUCCCCCCCACCGGAGGCUGCUGGUCUCCUCUGGUGGACUACCUGCCGGAGACCAACGCCCCCGGGGUGCCGCUGCACAGGUGUAACAUCGCAGUGAUCCUCCUCACAGACCUCAUCGUGGACCACGGGGUGAAAGUGGAGUGGAACGCCUACCUGCACCUCCUGCUGCACGCCAUCUUUAUAGGGUUUGACCACCAGCACCCCGAGGUGUACGAGCACUGUAAGCGCCUGCUGCUCCACCUGCUGGUGGUUCAGGGAGCUAACAGCAGCGUGCAGUCAGUGGCCAUGGUGCUGCUGAGGAACAGGGACUACAAUGAGCCCAGAGUCCUCACUGUGAAGCCCCCCGCCCCCGACAUCAACCUCACAGGCGUGCAGGAGCUGCUCCCCUCCGCCAUGACGGACUCCGGCCUCAGCGCCUCCUCCACCUCCUCCAGCCUCGGGGUGGGGGGGGUGACCCACCUCGCCCCCCCGCUGAUCAGUGAGGUCGACGCUUCUGCAGAACAAGACGAGAAAGUCAGAGCUCUCAUCGAGUUCAUCACGUCCAGGAAGCGUGGCCCGCUGUGGAACCACGAGGACGUUUCUCCAAAGAACCCGAACAUAAAGAGCGCCGAGCAGCUGAGUGUGUUUGUGCGGCACGUGGUGACCGUCUUCAAGCACUCGCCCUCAGGUUUCCAGCUGGACUCCCUGCUGAGCGAGGUGUCCCUGCAGACCGCUCUCUCCUGCUCCUCCAGACAUUACGCAGGACGGUCCUUCCAGAUCUUCAGAGCUCUGAAGCAGCCUCUGACUCUGGGCACGCUGUCCGACAUCCUGUCCAGACUGGUGGAGACGGUGGGAGACCCUGGAGAGGAGGCGCAGGGCUUCGUCAUUGAACUCCUCCUGACUCUGGAGUCGGGCAUCGACACGUUGGCCGACACCGUCAAAAACUACGACCUCCUCACCGCCUUAGCUCAGACCUCUGCGGCGCGGGACCACCUGCUGGGUCCCAAGUUUGCGGCCAACAGAAAGAGCACGGGUCAGCUGAACCUGAGCAGCGGGGGUCUCUUCCUGCACAACCGCAGCAACUCUCUCAGAGCGUCGCUGAUGGGCGAGAAGAAGGCAGACAGGCGUCGCAGCAACACGUUAGACGUCGCAGAUCGCCUCGCUAACAGCCACGGAAACCUCGCUCGCACUCGCAGCUUAUCGUGCCUCGGAGGGGGUGGGGGUCCAGGAGGAGACACCCUACCCCCCGUGGACCCCUCCAACCUCAUGGCCACCGUGUUCUGGAUCGCCGCCUCGCUCCUGGAGUCAGAUUAUGAGUUUGAGUACCUACUGGCGCUGCGUCUGCUGAACACUCUGCUGGGUCCUCUUCCUCUGGAGCGGGCGGACAGCCGGCAGCGCCUGGAGAACGUUCAGAACAAGCUGAAGUGGUACAGCUUCCCCGGCCUGCUGCAGCUGUUCCUCAAGGGCUUCACCUCCGCCUCCACCCAGGAGCUCACCAUCCACCUGCUCAGCAAGCUCAUCAGCGUCUCCAGACACACUCUGGUGGACCCGUCGCAGGCGGCAGGUUUCCCUCUGAACAUCCUGUGCCUGCUCCCUCACCUGAUCCAGCACUUUGACAGCCCGACGGCGUUCUGUAAGGAGACGGCGGAUAAGAUAGCGAAGGUGUGUGCGGAGGAGAAGUCUCCCACCCUCUCUAACCUGGCCCACAUGAUGAGCCUCUACAGCACGCACAGCUACUCCAGAGACUGCAGCAACUGGAUCAACGUGGUCUGCAGAUACCUGCACGAUGCCUUCGCUGACAUCACCUUGAACCUGGUCACCUACCUGGCUGAGCUGUUGGAGAAGGGACUUCCCAGCAUGCAGCAGUCCUUGUUGCAGAUCAUCCACAGUCUGCUAAGUCACGUCGACCUAUCGGCGGCGCCCGUCAAACAGUUCAACCUGGAGAUCAUGAAGAUCAUCGGGAAAUACGUCCAGAGUCCCCACUGGAAGGAGGCUCAGAACAUCCUGAAGCUGGUGGUCUCUCGCUCGGCCAGCCUUGUGGUUCCUGACGAUGUUCAGCGCUCCUACAGCUCAGAGUCCUGCGGCUCUCCAGAGAUCGCCUUCACUCGCAUCUUCAACAACGCCUCCAAAGAGCUGCCGGGGAAAACGCUCGACUUCCACUUCGACAUCUCCGAGACACCGAUCAUCGGGCAUAAGUACGGAGACCAGCGCUCUGCGGCCGGGAGGAACGGGAAGCCUCAGGUGAUCGCUGUGACCAGAAGCACCUCGUCCACCUCCUCGGGGUCCAACUCCAACGGGCUGGUGCCGGUCAGCUGGAAGAGGCCCCAGCUGUCCCAGAGGAGGACCAGAGAGCGGCUGAUGAACGUCUUGUCUCUGUGUGGACCCGAGUCCGGCAUCCCCAAAAACCCCUCCGUGGUGUUCUCCUCCAGCGAGGACCUGGACUCGGCGGAGCAGCAGACCAGCCUGAUCCCCACGGUGGAGGAGGUGGUGCGGGAGGAGGACCUGAUGGGGGAGGACGGCAGCGAGCAGCAGUUCGGGGUCUUCAAGGACUUCGACUUCCUGGAUGUGGAGCUGGAGGACGCCGAGGGGGAGUGCAUGGACAACUUCAACUGGGGGGUGCGGCGCCGCUCCCUGGAGAGCAUGGACAAAGGGGGGGGGGACACGCCGUCGCUGCAGGAGUGCCAGUUCGCCGGCAGCACGCCCAGCCUCAACCUCACCAACCACGAGGACACGGACGAGUCUUCAGAGGAGGAGGUACUGAGCCAUAGACACGUCCUCGUAAGUCCUCCUGUAGCAGGGAACCACCCACCCCCCACCCACCUGCUGCUCAGACGCUGGCAUGGGGAGAUAGGGUGAGAGUGAGGGAGAGAGUUUGA